CCGACGUCGUCCAAGUGGCGGAGUGAGGGACGGACCAAAGGCGGAGGCGCCAUGGCGUCCGCGGCGGUGGCGGUGCUGAGCGAGAAUCCGGAGACGCUUUUCCUCGAUGCGUCCGAGUUGCUGCUGCGAUACGCGGACAACAUCCUGAGAUUACUUUCCUAUAGGGAGUUGACCUCUGAAUUAUAGCCUCAAAAGUCAAGCUAGUUAGCAAAUAAACAUUAAUCACAAUACAGGCUCCAGAUGACCUAAAUCAUGCCACGGAUGAUCAUUUUAUUCAAUCGGUAUUAACAAUAAGUGAAACCCAAAUGAAGACAAAUACAAAUCAAUUAAGAUUGGAAAUCAAACCUUUUCAAACAGGUUGAUGCCAGUCAAGGGAGCUGUUGAGUGUCUCUUUGAAAUGGGAUUUCAAGAGGAAGAAACACAUCUUGUAUUUCCUAAAAAUGCUUCAGUACAGAGGCUGAAAAGAAUUAGAGAUCUAAUUGCUGCUGAAAGGAAUCGGAGGACAGCUGCUAAUAAAUCAAUCCCAAUAUCACCGCCACUUUCGGCUUCUGCCCAUGUCCAGCCAAGUCAGCCUGAAACCUCCUUCCGUGCUCGACCAUUUUUCAAUGAUACAUCGACGCAGUUGCCAGCUCAGACAUUCAGGCCAGCUACCAAUAAUUCUGCAAGGAGUCUUUUGGCAACUUUGAAAACACAUUUUCAGCAAGUCUUGAUGUAUGAGGAUAUGAGACUUCAACAAAAAGCCUUGGCCUGUAUUCCUGUCGAGGAUUUGAAAAAAAUAGCAAAUGAAAAGUUGUUAUGUGCUACAAAACUGGAUCCAGAAUCGACAAUAAACCUGGAAGACUUCUUGUUGUUAGAGCUUCUCCGGUGGUUUAAAGAAGACUUUUUCCAGUGGAUAGACUCUGUUCUCUGUAGCACUUGUGGACAAGUAACAGAGUCAUCAGGUUCACUUCCACCAAGCAGUGAAGAUCAACGAUGGGGUGCUGAAAGAGUUGAAAAUCAUCUUUGCCGUAAAUGUCACACCAGCAAUCGAUUUCCAAGGUAUAACCAUGCAGAGAAGCUACUGGAAACCAGAAGAGGGCGUUGCGGAGAAUGGGCCAAUUGCUUCACGCUUUGCUGCAGAGCCAUGGGGUUUGAAGCAAGAUUUGUCUGGUGUACAACAGAUCAUGUGUGGACAGAGGUGUAUUCAACCUCCCAGAAAAGGUGGCUGCAUUGUGAUCCCUGUGAAAAUGUCUGUGACAAACCACUCCUGUAUGAAAUUGGAUGGGGGAAAAAGUUGUCUUAUAUUUUUGCGUUUUCAAAGGAUGAGGUGGUUGAUGUCAGCUGGAGAUAUUCAUGCAAGCAUACAGAGCUUUUGACUCGUAGAACACAACUUGGGGAAGGAUUGCUGCGACAAACUAUUAAUAAAUUAAAUUCUGAGAGAAAACACUUCCUUCCACAAGAGAGGAAGCAGGAACUUUUGGAACGGUACAUUGUUGAACUUGUCGAAUUCAUUUCGCCAAAAACCCCAAAUCCAGGAGAACUCGGUGGAAGAAUAUCAGGUUCUGUAUUGUGGAAAGUAACUAGAGGAGAAACUGGAACUCAUGCUCAGAAUCAUGGAUUCAGUUUUCUAGCUACUGAAAAAGAAAAAACAGCAAAGUUAUUUCAUCUCAAAUACAGUGCAGCUGAAAAUAACUACAUUCGAGUCUCCAAUGACAAUGAAAUCAUUCAUAACUGGGAAAAAGGUGUUUGGAAAAUGAAUUCCGUGCUUCGAAAGGUUGAACAGGACUGGAAAAUGGUAUACAUUGCUCGAACAGAAGGAGCAGCAUCUGCCAGAGUUAGUUGGAAGUUUGAUUGUGGUUCAGUGGGACUGAAGAUAGUCAAUGUUUCUAUUCGAUCCACCAGCCAGACAUUUCAAUCUGGAAAUAUUCAAUGGCACCUACAUUCAAAUUUGACCAAUGUAGAUCUAAGUGGGGGUGUGUAUUGCUAUGAUCAAAACAUUCAUUCAUUUGCUAAUUUUAAUGGAUCUACUGAAUUAAUUUUGGAAGCUGAGAUGAGUGGUGGCGAUGGCGAUGUUGCAUGGCAGCAUACACAACUCUUCAGACAAAGUUUGGAUGAUCAUGAAUAUCCUAUGGAAAUCAUAAUAACUCUUAAGGAUAUUAAGAUUAAAGAUGAAUAUCAGUAACAUCAACAGAAGAUUUCAAAUUCAAACCAUGUUUGUUUUUAUAUUAAUAUUCAAUAGAACAGAAAUUUGCACUAAAAAUAUUUUGUAUCAUUAUUUGCAAAGUAUUCAAGAUUUUCAUUGAAUCUUGAUUGACUUACAAAAACACUUGUCUACAAAGGAGAAUAUAAUUAAAAUACAAAGUAUAAGGGUUUUUUUUCCAGUAUCAUUUGGUGAAUAAAAGUUGACAUUUCGGGUUUUAUAUUGUGUUUUCAAUGUUACAUAAUAUAUCCAUUAUGGUGUAAAUGGAUCUAAAACAAUACAUGCCUAUUGCACAAAUUAGCUGCCGUGUUUACACAUUACUUCAUAAUUGGAUAUUGAUUGCUUUAUUUUCAAACGUCUUCACAACAUGAUGUCAUAUAUAAGAGCAAUUUUUGAAUCACUUUUUUAAAUGACCAUUAAACUAGCACACUUUGAUGAA